AUGAUUCGAGACGCAGUGUUACGACUAGAUCCAUCCGCUGCUGUUCUGAUGUCAACUCAUCUUCUGCUUGUGAAGCUCUGUCUCCAGGCCAAGGCAUAUUCCUACGCACUUCCCGUACUGAACAAGCAUGUCUAUCAUUUUCCGACUUUACCCGAAUGGUCUCAUUCAGAAGCAUCUAUGGCUUGUGCGGAGGAUGCUUCAAGUCGGUCCUUCGUGACAGGGAUAUCCGGAUUUUCGUCCAAGCUUACCUGCCAGGAUUACCUGCGGUACUUUCUCUACGGUGGUAUGAUUUUUAUGGCACUCAAGAAAUGGCACAAUGCGCUUCACUUCCUUGGGACCGUUGUCUCUAUGCCUACAGCCAACUCUGUGAGCUUGAUCAUGGUGGAAGCCUAUAAGAAAUGGGUACUGGUUGGGCUGCUUGAAAAGGGCAAGCUUUGCUCCCCACCAAAUAUCACCGCGACCCACGUCGUGAGGAUUUAUCAAUCCCUUGCGAGGCCAUACGUUUCCCUUGCUCAGACUUUUGAGCGUGGCGAUCUGGCCCGGCUCAAGAGCGAAGUCAAUGCUGCGAAGGAUAUCUGGUGCAAGGACAACAACUUUGGUCUUGUUUCUCAGGUUGUUGAUGUAUUUUUCAGUCGUAGCGUCAUCAAGCUUGGAAGGACAUUUGCUGCUUUGACAGUGGCCGACCUUGUCAAGCAGGCGUUGUCCUCCCCUGUGGAGGGAUCGGUGGCGGAAUCCGCCGUAUCUUCGCUCGUCAUGGCCGGCGCAUUGGAUGCCUCAUUGGCGGAGACAAAAGAUCCCGAUGGACUAUCCAUCCUUCGUUUCACGGGCGAUUCUUCGUUCCCUCGGCUUCCACAUGAGCUCGACGUACAAUCUCAACUGAAAGGAGAGCAACAGUUGAUGGAGCACUUGGUGGGCAAUCUUGAGGAAAUCAAUACUGCCCUGGGGAUGAGCGAUGAGUGUCUCGAUGGUCUUCAAAGAGGUCAGGCAUGGGCUGCCUCUGGCGGUGUCAAUUCAGCGGCGCCUGGGGAGACGGGCACUCUUGAAAUGGAUGAAGACCUGAUGGGUGAUAUGUCCUAA